UUAUGUCAGUAUAAACUUGAACCAGGAAGUUACUGGUUUUAAGUAUUUGUCUCUUUUGAGUUGUGACGAUCUCUCGUAUUUUACAGAGAUUUCGGUGUUAAAACAAAAGUGAUGCAGGUGUCUCCCCUGACAUCUGUCUUUAUAAUACUAUAGGUGUACCAAAGACAACAACUCCUAGCAAACAGACUUGUACUUUAUGGAAAAGUGUUUAUGAUAAAUACAGGUGUGUUACCUGUACAAUAACGUGGAAGUUCAGGAAGCUAAAAGCCAAGGACAUUUAGAUUGCUGCUGAAAUGUAAACGUACAAAAAAGAUGUAUAGACCAACACGAUGGCAAUCAUGGAGUUUCGGGUUUAGUGACAUUCCAGAACGACCCAAUUCGCAAAUCAACAUCAGUUCCGAUUCUAUAUAUGAGGAGCAUGAUGUUAUACCUGUCCAUGGUUCUGUAUCCUCGCGAGGUUCGGAUGAACAACGACAGUCAAAAGGUUCUGUAUCCUCGCAAGGUUCGGAUGAACAACGACAGUCAAAAGGAUUAAUGAAAAAAAUUCGGGGAUUUUUUAAACGGAUCAAGCAAGGCGGAAAGAAAAGGAGCGUAACCAAGGAGUAUGGGGUUUCAGACGAUGGAAUGGAAAUUUAUCGAAGAACCCACACCUCAGAAAUACAUACAGACUAUGGCAAGGUCGGUGAAUAUACCAUAGAGAGGACACAGAGUUUUACCGUCAACGAUAAAAUAAGUAUUCGUUCUUCAAAUGCUGGAUCAAGGGCCUCAUUUAACUCGAGUGGUUUUCGCUCUUCAAAUGGAUCAAGGAACUCAUUUUCAGGGAAAUUGAUCGGUUUACUUACCAUUGAAAGGACGCCAACAUUUAACAGCAGCGAUACAAAAGAAAAGGAGUCGCCUGAAAAUACAAGGCGAGAUGUCUCGUCUCAAAGUUCUUUUAAUUCCAAAGUAGAUGCGGACUCUGCAUCAUUACACUCGUUGUCCGAUACAACGUACCAAGACAAACAGGGACAAUAUCGGGACGUUAGGAGGACCGAAAAAGGUAUCCGUAGGAGGACGAUCAACAGAAGACCAAAAAAGAAUAAGUCGCCUGACAGAAUAUGGCGAAAUGUUUCAACUCAAACUUCUCUAAAUUCCAUAGUAGAUGCGGACUCUACAUCAUUACACUCGUUGUCCGAUACAUCGUACCAAGAGAAACAGGAGAAUAAGUCGCCUGACACAAUAUGGCGAGAUGUUUCAACUCAAACUUCUCUAAAUUCCAUAGUAGAUGCGGACUCUACAUCAUUACACUCGUUGUCCGAUACAUCGUACCAAGAGAAACAGGAUUUUCAUAGUGACUGCAAAGGAUUCCCAUUCAAUGUUGCCCGGCUUUUGGCAAUUAAGUUGAAAGUGGAAGAACGUUUCGUCGUGCCAACAACAGAUGCACGUGGAAAACAUACGUUCAUUAUAUACGACAAAGAACAAGGAAGAGACAGAAUCACAACAGAACUCGGGCAAAAAGUGCUAAUCCGAAAUCCAAAAUCUAUACAGAGUGAAGGAAUCGCAAUAACCAACUACUGCAGAGAAAAACGUCUGGACUUAAAACCUACAAAAAGAGCUUCGUUAAAGAAUAUCAUUCAAAAGCACACGGACAAACUAUUCAUAAAACAUAGCAAUAUUAACUUUAUAAGUACGUCUCCGGUUAAAUCUUGGUGGAACGGAGACAUCGUCCGGGAUGAGGCAUGCAUUGUGAUUUACUGCAGUUCAAAGGGGUUUGUUCCUUUUGGUGAAGAAAAAUUUCCAAAGCUACUAACCGUCGGGGAAGUAACUGCUUCAACGGACAUCAGAGAAGGAUACUUUCAGUUUGGUCCCUACGCAUACGCUACAUCAAGGAGUAGUGAUAUCCAUGACAGAUUGAAGAUGGGCUGCCAGUUUGGCGUUGAAGGAGGUUCAUCUUCGGGGACCAUAGGACCUAUCGUGAAUUUAAACGGCAAAAUGGCUUUUUUGACAUGUGCACACAUCAUUUACGGUAUAAAUGAAAAUGGUUACAGGCAUGACGACUCUAGAUACGAUAUAUACAUAGAACAACCGUCGUCGACAAAUUUCGGUUCCACUGGAAAUCGAUGUGGUAAGGUCAAGCGAGCAGUGUUCGACCCAGACUUGCCCUCAAGUGUUGGUGCCGCAGUUGUGGAGAUAACAGAACAGUCACGUCAACCAGUAAGCGGUGAAUUCGCUGUAGAUAACCCGAUCCGGAUGCAACAAGCAGGAUUUGACGAUCUUCCUUACUUUAAUUCUGGAAAAAUUCACAUGAACCCGGACACUAUCAACAGUGACAAGAGAAUGGUGAAGUUUGGGUCAGAAACGCAUGUAACAAGAGGGACUCUAAUCAGCGAGGGAACAGUGGUGACGCCAGUUUCUACAGAGAUGGGAUUAUUUAGCCAAACUGGGAAAAAGGUUCUUAUGAGAAACCAACUGGAAAUUGCCGGAAUAACGAGCCACGGUGCUUUCUUCCAGCCCGGUGAUUCUGGAUCCGGUGUCUUCUUCGUGGAUCGGACGGGCAUGGGACAGGAACUCACUUGCAUAGGUAUGGCCAUAGGAUCGACCUCUAACGGAACCGCCAUUGUGACACCAAUAGUCGAUAUAUUGGAUGCAUUGCAGUUACCGAGAUCACUUUGGCAGUUUCCUUAAAACGGAGCCGCAUCUUCGUCGUUGUUUUCUUUGUUGUGGCUUUAAAGCUCAUUGACAAAAUGUCAUCUGGCAUAGGCGUCAAAAAUAACAAAAAGAUUUGACACUUGCAAAACAACUGAAAUUUUAAAAUGUGUAAGCUGUUUACAUCACUAUAAUAUUGUAAACGCUAUGUUUUAUUAUAGAACCUGUUUCAGAUCAAUGCAUGCUACCAGAAAAUAUUUAACAAUGAAUGUUGUUUAACAAGCGAAAUAAUAAGGUUGGUCUUUACCGUUUAAUAAGUAUCCAUUUAAUGAGUAAUGUAUGUAUGUCCCGAUCUGAUUCGGCUCAAAACUACCUCCUCUUAUCUAUCGUUUCGUCGAUGUAUUAUUAUCACAGUUGAAAUAAAUUCCAGAAAACCCAGCUUUUCAGUCAGUAUUAAACAAACCUUUUUGAACGAAAUGAUCAGUUGAUUCCGUUUUUUGAAACACAACUUCACAAACUGCUGGAAAAUACGUUUAGACCAAUCAUCAAUCAAAAUUGCUAAUAUACCUGAUAGUUGGUCUUAUUCUGAAUAAAAUAAAUUAAAAAGAUAAAAUCAAAAAGCAAUAAUCUUAUUUGACUCCGUGUCUAUACUACAAAAUAUUAAAAACAGGAA